AUGAUGCCCUAUUUCCCAAUGGAGCUUGAUAUUCCUGCAAAUGCUGCCAGGGAGUCUUCCUCAAACAGCCCACAGUCAGCCGCGGGCACCGCAAGUCGAAUGUCACUCAUAUCACCCCGUCCUUCGAACAAUCCAAAUCAGUCCAGCCCUCUACGUGAUCAAAUGUUUUCUUCCGUCACAGCUGACAUAAACCUUUUGACGAGCUCACCUCACACAGAUUGCAUGAUGUCAUCGUCUUUCGCCUCAUCACUCGGUGAAAUAUCUGUGCAUUUGCAUAGGGUAAACGAAAGUCCUUCCUCAGGACAGCUAGAUCUCACUUCCUCGACUCCCUGUGCUCUUUCCCCUGGUCAUCACCUCGUUGAACGUUUCAGACAGUCCUUUCUUCCCGAUUCCGUCGAGUUCGAAGCUCACUCAAGGUCGGGUUCCGUACGCCGAAAAGUGAAUUCCUGUGCUUCAUCAACCAACCAACACCGUCUUUGUUACACAUCUGAUCGGCAUUCCCGCAAUUCAUUAGAUUCCAUGAAUCAAUUGCGCAAAUGCCAGGAAUUAUGUGACGUUGUCCUUGUGGUUGAACCUAAGCGGAUUCUCGCCCAUAGACUUAUACUAGCGGCAUCAUCUCCUUAUUUCAAAGCCAUGUUCACCGGAGAGCUUGCAGAAUCAAGGCAGACUGAGGUAAUUUCCCACGGAACAUUUUUUUCGGCGAACGCCAAAGCAACGAAUCUAUUGCUUUGGUGUAUAAUUAUGCAAAUUGUUUCUGUGGCUUUUAAGCAAACGGUCCUAGACCUCCGUACUGAAUUUAAAGUUCUUUAUCCAAUUUCAUCGGUUCCCAUCGGCUUUUUAACUCUUCUUUUGAAGUUCCUUUGAAUUCUGCAGUCUUUUUGGUCGUGUUUCUAACAGCGCGGUCCCGAUUCUGAAAUAAACGUAGGUCGGCAUGACUCGUGCUGAUACUCCAUGUCGGCCAAUUUCGGGCGGCACCAACAACAAAGCCUACAGAUAGCGACAUGAGUUGAAAACCGUUAAAACAAAAAUUUGUUUUCCCGGAUUUUCAUAGAUUUUGUUCGACUAUUUAUUGUAAAUAGGGGAUAUUAGGUGCACAGACAAAACUUACUUUACCAUUUCUGGCCUGUUCGCCACUACUAAUCAGCCCCCACAAACUUCAUGCUGACAGGUCCUUUUGAGACCUUCCCUGAUUAUAUGUUGAGUCUCCAAACCUAUUUGAGAUGCCUGUUUCGUUGCAACCUCAUCGUCUCGGUGGUCGCCACUUGCAGAUUACUGGAGUGCGCACGUUUUCUAUGAAUAGCACCAACGACUUCGCAGCAACUGCUUAAUGCUCACGCCUCGUGAAUUCAUAACACACAUUCCACCUUAGAAGCUAAAGUGACUGCAAGCAUACUCUUGAUAGUUGGUUGCUCUAAACCGAAGUGUGCCUCACAUUGUCUACUGCUCUGGGGCACAAGUGUCAGACAGUUAACCAAUUAUUCUCUCAUUCUACUUGUGCCUGGUGCGGCUGUGAUUAUGUCUAAUCCAUUCGAUCUGGAUGUCGCGGAUUGUAACUCUCUGCGCGUGACGAUAUGCGGCAGCUGAUCCGGACACCGGCCCAAACCACCCUUGUCCACUUUUUAAUGGAGGCCCCGAGAUAUCUCCACAAUAUCCUGGCGAGGCAGACUGUCCCAGUUGGGUACUUCACUAAAAUAACAGUUUUCCGCCAACGGUGGUCAGCCAAAUCCGGUUUCUCCAUAUUUUCCAUACGCAGCCCAGCAUUUGCUCGUUAGCCUAGCUGUUGGCUGCCCGACGCAUCCACUGACGACGAAUUGUGGAACGGCCUUUGCCGAGGGUUAGCUGCGAAGUGGACAGGCUUUCGGGUGUAAUAAAUAAGCAGUCGCUGAUCAGUAGCGGAUUACUGGGGUUCAUCACGCCGACUGCCUUAUAAAACGGCGUAAGACCCGUUAAUUGUCAUUCAACAACUUUGUUUGCCGCCGCUGCUGUGCUCUGAGGUUAUCAAGUCAAAGCUUUCGAGGAGAUAACCGCGAACAAACUAUCCGAGUGACUGUUGGAAAUCUGUCUGCACUCAAAACUAUGCCCAAUUCCGAUUUCGGUGACCAUUGUCUCUGUCGCGGCUUUUGAUGCCCAAGACGAUGUAGAAUACCUGCGAAUGAGUGCAAGUCGACCUCGCCAUUAUUGCCAGAGUUUGAAACUAUAAGAGGCCCCAUGGUUUCCCGACCAAGCGUAAGUAAUGAGCCUUGCUUUGUUUGGCGUUGCAAUAAGUGCGAACGUCCUACCGUUGGCACAUCAAGAACAGUCAGACCUAAGUGCCAUCGCACAUAUGUCUGACAUAGUUCUCCAGUUGAAGAUUGUCCGGCGAAAUCGGCCAUACUUAGGAAAAUUUAUCAAGUCAGUAACCCAUGACAGAUGGCUGAAACUGCAACAAGUCAGAAUUUGGACAACGUGAGUCCUUUUUACAAUCAGCGCUAAAGUGCAAUCUUACGAGAUGUCCGGACUCACCAGCACUCUGCGAAUCUCCAGUCUCGGCACAGAAGUCACUUUUCCGCUGGUUGCAUGGAUCACUGAUCGCAUAUUCAUGCAUGCCGGAAUUUUAGUGCAUCGAUUCUAGUAAAGUACUUGUUAAUGCUGUGUACAGUAGGUGUAGUAUCCCUUUUUCCUUUAAGCUAAGCUAUUAGUUGUAGGCAGUUCGGCUUGAUGAAAACAAUCCCCCGAAUUAAAUGUAUUACAUUAAGCGCCCUGUGAACAUACAACUGCGCAGUGGAUGAUUUGCGGUGCAUUUGCGGACGUCAUCGACAUCAGCUUCAUUGUUAGAUCUGGCGACGUAGCGUCAUCCGUGCUUUUCUAUUGACUGAUUAAUGUUGUAGGUUUUCGAGUUGAGCUAUAUAGGUUGCUGAUAUUCCUAUGAAUCACUUUCCCUCUACGCGAGUAAGAGAUACCGCAAAGGAUUUGUAGCCUCACUAGCGCGAUAAUUAUGUCCACGAGUCCGUUAAUUGAUAUCGAAAGCUAAAAUCGUUCUCAUGGGGCACCCGUCACACUAAAAUUUGACAUCAGCCCAACAAGAAUCCCGUGAAAUUAUUGAAAGUUUCGAGCACUUCACCUAUGCAUUUUAUCUAACGGCACAUUAAGGGGGAAAUAUGCCUUAAGGUAAAUUCGACAACGGUCCAUUUAACUUAACCCGAACUUCAUAGAUGUAGUUGAGGUUCUUCCGCACACUUGAUGAGAUUCGUCAGCCAUUGAGUCGGUUACAUUUUACGGGUUCAGCUCACCUUAAGUGAUCGCCACCCCUUACAAUCAGUCGACGUUAGACUCGCGAUCGAAGUUGAGCUGGUUAGCGUGCCCCCCACACAUACCAAAAACUGCAGUAUCAAAGGUGUGCUUGAGGUCCACUUUCACCUCUUUCAUCUGCGUCCUAAGUUGAUCAGCCAGAUGUCGUCUCCAGUCACCGACAAAAUCAUACUAACUGACAUUCCGAGUGACUUCCCCCUUAAGUUGAAACCGGUCAUGGAUGGACCAUCUAGAUUGUCGAGUAAGCGGACGCGAUUUACCGCUCUUGUUCCGCAUCAUCAGCAACAUAGCUUUCCAUCUUAAACGCGAUCAGUAUGGGUUGCUUUGGAAGUACGACACAUGAUUCGGCAGAACUGGAUGCUAGGUUUAUAAAUUCUUCUCGCAGUUCACUCGUUAAGUGGCAAUUCCGUCAGGAAUACCGCUUUAUACAGUCAAUCCUGCGCUUCUUCGAAUGCUGGCACGCGCCAUCAUAUUGCGUUGGGCCUCUAGCUGAUGAAGAUAGUCAUAUUUCCGGACAUCUCAUACACUUGUGGCACUCCGUAUCGUCAAAUUAGUUUCUUAUUUCCACCAAGACAUUCACUCCCUUGAUCUGCAGUGCCAUUCCCUCUUUGCAGGUCAAACUUCACGAUCUCGAUCCCUCCGCUGUGGAAACGCUCGUGGACUUCUGCUACACUAGCAGGAUUCAAGUUGAAGAGAAAAAUGUACAGGCACUUUUGCCAGCAGCUUGCCUCCUGCAAAUGACAGAGAUCAAGAACGUGUGUUGUGAGUUUCUUAAACGUCAACUGGACCCAACCAACUGCCUAGGUAUACGGGCCUUCGCCGAUACUCAUUCUUGUGGCGAUUUGCUGGCCCUAGCUGAUCAUUUUGUCCACCAGAAUUUUUUGGUAAGUUUGUUUUCCUAGCCUGAACUUAAUUAAGCCUUUAUUAUUCACUUAUUGUUCUAUUUGGCCUUGAGCUUGCAUAAUUGCAAAUAUCUUCAAAUACCUUUUCAAGACCUCGCAAGUUUGAUUUCGUCCUGCCUGCAAGCCGCAAUAGAGUAACUAUACACAAGACAAAAGGAUAUGGAGUAUUGCGUAACGAAGCCAUUAACCGACACUGCCUGCUUUUUGCGAAGGUAUCGUCCACUUAGUAUGGAUUGCUAGACCAAUAAGAAACGAACCCUUGUAAUGGCGUUUGGAGUUCCGACUUUUUGUUUUUAAGGCCCAUUAAAGCAAUUACAACUGAGUAGUCAUUUCAGUAUUAAUGGAAAUAAGACUCUUAGGUAACACCAAAAAAUAGGGACCCACGCCUAGUGUGAUGUAUUUUCAUUAUAACAUUCCAAGUAAUAAAGUCGACCGCCUAUCUUCGGAGGCUGAAGUGCUCUGCUCAUAGGUCUCACUAUAUGGUGUGCUAGUUACGUGCGCACUUUCCCCGGCGUCUACCGUAGAUAUACAACCUCAUGAAAUGCUGACUGAUAUUCUGAAAUGUGUUUUCAAUUCCGCAGAAUUACUUUAUUAGGGUUAGAGUAUUAGCAUUUCACAUGAUGUUAAGCCAUCCAGUCACGUCAAGAUUCGGGCCUUCAAAUGAGUUUCUUAUCGACCAUUUAAAUAAGCUUCUGUGCAACAUGACUACUUGAGUAGCAUGAAUUCUUCCUUCUGAUUUUUGAGGCCCUUAUAAAUUCAGAUACAUUUUAUAGAAAUUAUGCACAAAAAUAUUAAUCUUCGAAUUUGAAGAAAGAGUAUCUUUCGGUUUUAGAAAAGUUUCCCAAUUCCCGAAUAAUUUUUAGCUCGACCUGCCAUUACACUUGCAUUCAUGGUUUCCAAAUUAUAGGCUGUGCAAGGAAAGUCAUACAUUUCUAUACGUUAUUAUUAGGGGGACAUAUGGGGCUCAUGAAAUUUCACAAUGGAAAUGGACCGUAUUGUCCACUGUAUGGGCAGCAUUAAUAAAUAUGCUGAUGCGGUGUUGUACGACUGGAAUCCUCACUGUCCUAAAUAUCAUACCUAGAAGCUCUUUCUGUAGGUAUAAGAUUUGAAGAGGACGUAAUUUGCUGUCAGAUGAGUAAAACAAAAAUAUUUUUGUGCAUGUUUUCUACAAAGUAUAUUUGGAUGUAUAAGGACGUCGAAAUCAAUGAGAAUGAUUCAUGCCCCUUAAGUAGUCAUUCUUCUGCGGAAUGUAGUUUAUGCAGACUGUCGAUAAAGGACUCCUUCGAAAGCCGACAACGUAACGUGGCUCCAAUGGUGCUUGCAGGAAGAACCUCCGCUUUGCUGUGGUCAGCGUUACGCCCACAUCGAUUGUCUCCUGUCAAGAAGGUUAGCAAGAUCUGGUAGGGAGCAGACACGCUUGCGUGGCGGUUACCUGGGCAGUCAGCUGACCGCCGGACUUCACACACCUGCCCUGACGUUAUCAUGAACUCGACACACACUCCUAGCAGCGUGGUGAUUAAGUGUCUCAUCUGCUCCCGCACCGACCGCAGGGUGUCUCGAUAUUGUCUUGCUAUCGCAGCCAGGUUGGUGAGACAGGAAAUUACGAUUAAUGCUGCGGAAGUAUGCCUUACUAUACUCCGAUUCGUGCGCAAGUCAUUGAUGCUGCUCCCGCCGAGCGAAGCAGGUGGUAGACGCCGUCGCUUGCGACGACCAAACUAUCUGGUUGAGUAGUGAAGCAAUCGACGUAGACGGGAAGACGCUUGGACUGUAAGCAACUGUGAUAUACUCCAUACUCAGUUUGGGAAACGGUUACGUAUCUCCUUAACGCACUUACGAUUGCCGAUUUUCCGAGAUCCAUUUGCAUGUAAACUCCACUUUGUGCGAGACAGUUAUUUUGGCCGAUAGAUGCGUAGUUUCCUAGUAACACCAAGCCUCGAGGAAAGCUGAUUGUCACGAAGGUUGAAGUUAGGUAUGCUUGCAAGAAGACCCUAAUUAAUGUGAGCAUUUUCCAGAUGUCACAGGUAUAUUUAUUUACUUGUACAUAGCGCGGCUGUGAUUAAGCCUAAUCUAGCUGGCCUCGAUGGUGCUGCAAAUCGUACCUCUUCACGCAUGGCGCUCUGUGGCAGUGGAUAUGGACAUCUCGAUCCAUUCUCUCCUCCAGUGACGGAGACCUAAUACAGCAGGUCAAAGAACCACUUCCACGUCUUGACUGGUUGUGUCCAGUCGGAUUUUAAGUUGACCCCUUCAAAGCCUCUAGGUGGGCAACAAUGACAGAUCUUGGACAGCAACACUGACCUCAUGAGACGAACUACAGGAACUUGUCAAAACAGCCUCGGUCGCCUUUCUUUGAUGGCCGGAGAUAUCCUUGCGAUGUCGCGGCGAAUGCGGACUGUCUUAUCGGAAGUCCAGCCAGCGUACUUCACUUGGUUCUCAGAUAGCGAUAGCCCUGCAAGCGACACCAGUUCGAGAGACGAUGUCGUCCUUACUCUGUGCAUAUAGCAGCGGCCUCGCCACGAAGUACUUCAAGCCAUCUACUUAACUUUGACAGGCGCUAGUCCGAAGGGUGUCGUCUGGUCAGGGAUGCAUCUCUAAAACACUUUGGUCUUCCGAGCGUUUAUGAAUAAACUGAUCGAUUUGGCAACAUUAUCUACCUGCUGCACCACUGUUUGUAGGUCUCCAAAGUCCAAGGCCAGCGUAGUCGAAAUCAGCCAGCGGGCGCCCGGGUGCACAUUUAACAGCGUCAAAUCCUUGUAGGACCCUUCCGAUAAUUCGGACAGUGGCGUAGUUGCACAGAAUAAGCAAGGGGAGACGAAAUUUCUGGACGGUUGAGGAGCAGAAUUCGCGUCGUUGUGGAUCGAUAGUAGCCUCUGGUCAUGGCGACGAUUUCUUCCGGGACACCGUCUACUUCCGUAAUCUGCCACAUGAUCUCACGGUGGACUGAAUCUGGUCGUCAGGUCACGUACACUCUGAGAUCCCUCGAGAAUGACAACGACGAUCUGCAGCAAUGUCGACAAUGCCUAUGCCGCGGUAGUCCUCGCACUUUGUUUUAUAUCCCUUCCUUAGGACAGGCGGGAGGAAGCCCGAGCACCAGUAAUCAGGAUCGAGCUCAUCUCCACAUGCCUGUUCACUCACCCCAUAAUAUCAGGGUGCUAGUGUUUACACAAGAUUUGCAGAUUUCAGUGGGAAUACUAUCCUCCCCAGACGCCUUGUUGUACAACCUCUGUACUGAAUUAAUGGAUUCUUUAUGCGAAGAAGGUUACGCGACACCACAUAAGUUGGCUUAGGAUGAGAACUCCGCCGUUGAGGAGAAGAGGGCAUGAUGGGUUGGUCAUCGGAGUCAAAAUUCCCACCCCAGCUCUCGAAAUAGGUCAAGUUGUCACCAAUAUUGCUGCCACUCAUGUCGUGAACAGAGUCCUUCAGUGCCAAGGCCUUCUAUGAACUUAGCGAAUAAUUUUGUCGUUUUCGAGCGCCACCAACGUUUGGGGCCUGCCUCAUGGGUCACCAUUUCAACCCGAUCGUUUUCACGGUCAUAUGUAGCCGACUUUGGUGUCAUUUUCCAGAGUUGGCAGACAGAGUCCUCAUCAUGGAACCUAACUCGAUCUGUCUGAACAGACAACUGCCAGGUUCUCAGGCUGGUCUAGUUGGCGAAAGCACAUAGUCAGGAUGUUGAACAUGACAUUUGAGUUUUGGUCUUCCUUCUGUCUUAAUCAUUUAGAGCAGCAUUUGUAGUAUUCCUCUAUUUAUCAUGAUCGAUUGCAUAGAAUCCAAACGGGCAAAGCCAAAUUUAAGGACAAGAUACUCGAAGCACCAACGAGUGUGCUGCUGGUAGCAAGGAAGCCAGAAGUGCUAAUCCACAGCCAUGUCCAGGCUGAUGGCCUGCCGAUCCUACUUUAUGACUUUCCGACACUACUGAGAGCGAUUCAGGGAGAUGAAUGUGUCGACUGUGAACCGUAUUUCAUAUACAACGACCGGUACAAUCUUCCGUUCCAGUCGUGGGGUACGGUUUUAUCUUCCCAAGCAGUCAACAGAAAUGACCAUACUUCGGAAACUGAGGUGAAUGCCCUUCCCGGCGCGGCCUCAUGUCACGAGGUAGGUUUGUGGGGAUUCAAGUUAUUUGGUGGGUAAGUCAUGUUCCUCCAUAUCACCAGUUGAAAAUGUUACCUGACGUUGGUUAUGUAUAAGGCAAACAUUGAUGUAUUACCUUGGUGAGUCAGUAUAUUGACUUCGUAUUUUCGAAUUUUUUACGCCUUUAUGACCGUGCCUCAUGAUGUUGGUUGGGGCUGAAACUGCUCUCACGGCCAGAUAUGGCAAGUCCAUCCGCCAUGUAGACAAUUUUGGUGGGACUAUCUAAAGGCAAAACCUAAUUUUCUCCCCACUCCCACUCCCGCAUCGAAAUCCUCUUCUAGGAAGUUGUUGAAUCCGAGGAGUUCCUCCUUCUGCCCCUGAACCAGCUGGUAGACCUUCUGAGUUCAGAUGACCUAAGCGUGCGAAACGAGGAACAGGUUUACUUGGCUGCAAUGCGCUGGAUUCUCUAUGAUCUCUCUACUCGUUUGCCGCAUCUACCUAUGCUGUUGCAGCACGUUCGUCUGCCCUUACUCUCGCCCAAAUUCCUUGUUGGCGUAGUGGGUGCCAACUCCCUGAUCCGUUCCAGCGAAUGCUGUCGUGACCUCGUGGACGAAGCAAAAAACUACCUCCUCCUUCCACAGGAGCGACCCAAGAUGCAGGGACCCCGCACUCGCCCCCGUAAACCAGCCUCCUGUGGCGAGGCCCUCUUUGCAGUGGGCGGCUGGUGCUCGGGGGACGCAAUUGCGUCUGCAGAGCGCUACGAUCCACGCACCCAUGAAUGGGUGCUCGUAGCGCCGAUGAAUAAGCAACGAUGCGGUGUGGGCGUGGCGGUAGUCAAUGAUCUUCUGUACGCGGUUGGUGGUCACGAUGGUCAGAGCUAUCUAAACUCAGUUGAAAGGUAGGAUAUUACAUGUUUUGUCAUCUUGGUCUCCUUGAAGAAACCACUACCGCUUCAAUUUCCAUCUCACUUAAAGUGGUCAAUUAGUAAUUAGGAGUCUUGUUCGGUACAUUUGACCGGUUUUCGAGUGAUUAGAGAUGUUGCUUGAAUUUAGGCACAUUUGAUGUGUGAGGUCACAUACUGCGUUUUUUAUUUUUUAUUUAGGGGAGGUAGUAGACCUCAGGUUAAGGUGAUACCAUACUAACAACACAGGUACUAGCCAAAAGCCCAUACGCGCGUGUUUCGCCGAUAUUCUGCCGCUGCAGGGCGCAGCUGCGAGGGGUUCAACUCUUCAGCGGGUCCCCCAGCAUUCCCUGUGUGUUUUCUGGUAGAUACUCCAAUCUAGAAAUCGUCCCUCUUUUAUUUCUUUAGAAAUUAUCUACGAAGUUGGAGUAGAUCAGUUUAUCAAAGGUCUCUAGGCUCAAACCGAGAAUUUUAUGUAUGAAUAUUUGGGCCAUCAGCCACAGCUAGUAACCGCGUAAUAUUCAUUAACUGCCGACAGGUAGCUAGUAGUACACUUCGGGUUAAGGUAGUAGACUGUCAAAGAAGAAAAGUUAGUAGGAAGAUUCUCCACAAACCGCACGUUUUCUAAACAACGGCGCGCCUUUUAAUGCGCAUCGGAAUUACGGGAGAAAGUGCUCAUCAUUACUGUUUUCCAAGAAUGCUUUAUGUAUCCCCAACAUACGUUCACCCGGCAAAGCUGAGUGUUUGAAGAUGUGGGUAGCCAACUAGUGGCGAAACUGACUCUCCUAAAGAGCUUCCAUUCAGCUUAAUAUUAUUGAAGAACUCAAAUCUCUUCUGCGUUGCAAAGAUAUGCAACGACUGUUCAUUGAUUCAUUUGUCGCACGUGUCGUAUGUUGAUGCAGAUUGGUUCUUUUUCGGGAUCAACUUCUGGUCGGAAGGAGAUGUGAAUAUUGCGAUCGUUGUUGGUCAACCCCUUUUUAUAAUGUCAGACAUGUUCCUACGAUUCUACGAUUGGAUUUUUUCGCUCUGUCGCCUCUAGGUAUGAUCCGCAUACAAAUCUCUGGUCCGCAGACGUGGCGCCCACCAACACUUGCCGUACUAGUGUGGGUGUCGCCGUGCUGGAGAGUUUCCUCUACGCCGUUGGUGGGCAGGACGGUGUAACCUGUCUCAAUCUUGUGGAGCGCUACGACUCCGUCAUUAACAAGUGGACAAAGGUAUCUUUCAGUCAUCCUAUCGUGCGGCGAUUUUUCUCCGCGACUUUCUUUCUGAGCUUACGCUGCAUGCCCUACUACAUAGUAAACACUCCCGGGUGUCUUUAACUUACCAAUUUCUUUUGCACUUCUGAAAAUUAUUGGCCACAGAUCGAUUUGUUACUUUGGAUACUUAAUUAAAAACAGGAGAUUCACCCCCCUAAAACUCUCUAGCCAAAACGAGAGUUCUUCAGGAUUUAUCUUUGAAUCCAUAGCAAGGUCUACAACCGUUGGAUUGGUCUGCUGCUUACACAUCUAAAGGCAGUCCUGAGUUGCUUACUUUACUACUUCUAAAGUGGUAGCCGACGUCUCAAUUCGCGUGUCGGGAAUCAAUUGUUUUAUGUUGGCACACCGAACAGAUAACAGUUUUGUAGAAAGCGGUUUUUAUCAAACUUAUAAACUAUCUUCAUACUCGAGUUUCAAAGAAUCCCUUCUAACUUCGUCGUGCUCCCGCCACCCCACAUUCUGUCCCUGUCAAACAAAACGUUCCCUAAUGGUUUAAGGUGUUUGGUGACUCGCGCUCGCCAUCGUCUGUUUGGCAUGAUGCUAACAUCAUUCUGUGCGACUUGUGACAGACAGAGCGUGCUUCCUUUGGUAAAAACGGAAAACAGGCGGUGAAGGCGGGGUGGGGAGGGGCGCAGAUAAGAAAAGGCGUUUAAAUAUUCUGGGCAGAGGGAUAUUUGUCGCACUUCCUUUCUUGUAGUCCGACUCACUCCCCCCCCCUCCCCAGUUGACGCCCUAAAUCGCUCGGCUGUACCAUCUAACCAAACGACCGAAAGCCGCUCUCUCCUCACUAAUGGCUGCCCUCUUAGACUGCGCAAGGCUAUUGCUACUCUCAUUUUUCACUUAAUUGAUACAAGCAUACAUUAAACACAUUCUUACUAGCAGCUCGCGCUCGAAAGCUUCAUAGUGGCUGAAUUGUUUUUACAAAUGCAUUCAGCAGGUCUUCUGUUACAUCACCCACUAACGCUGCACUCGAAGACAUGCCAAAAGCAUAAAACUAAUAGUUCCGUGUUUUUGGGUGGAUCUUCGGAAACCCAUCUCUUUCAUAGUUGUGCAAAAAUACUCUCCCGAGCCUACCUACCAAGCAUGGAAACUUUUUAAACCCUCUACCGAAGGGGUAUCUUAGUUGUGCGUGUGGAAAUAAUUGAGCGCGGCGUCCGUUGUUUGCUCAUUGCUUGGCGUCUUUUCUUUUUGAUUGAAGGGCUACACACCAGGGAGCUUCACGCAAACUACGAGAUUUGAUGUUUGCCUGUGCUAUAGCCACGUCAAUCAAAUGCUGGAAAAAAAGGCGCCUAGAUUGAUCAGAUAUAGCUGACUUGUUUACCUACACAUGUCACCUUUUUGCAUCUGCUUUUAGUUGACUUUGCGGAAUGCUCACAAAACGAGCUAGGCUGAAAUAACCAUUUAUAGCUUAUUUACUGCCGGUAGAAGCUAAGGGGAGAAUUCCAGGAAACAGUUAAAAGAAAAAAGAUGCAAUCGAUGGGACAGGAGGUUUAGCGGCCGACUAACGGUUUCAGUUAUAGCGAGCCAAAUUACCGAGUAAUUAUGACACCGAAAUCUGUUGAGAUUAGGGCAGUUAACGAGUCGGGUGCGGACAAACAAGCAGUCAACGCAUCAAGCAUGAACUCCAACGAUGAACGCAAGAGCUGCCAUCUAUACUGGACAUGUGGCUGCAUGGUACGGCGGCCCAUAAAUACUGCGCCCCUUGUUCCUCCACUAACCUUGUCUGCGGUUGCAUCGAAUAAUUUGUUCGAUUUCGAAUCCGAAAGUGCAGGUUUUGCUUGCCGUUAUCAACCAGCUAAAGGCUGAGACGACCCGAGAUUUGAACGCGACCGUCGAACGUUCGAUCUAGCGCCAUACAACUAGAGGCACGAACUCACGUCCCAAGACAAAAUAGGGGUAUGCUGCUAUAUUUAAUCGAAUCGGUGAAUUACCACUUCCACUUGAUUUCUCAUGCAUCACAUCUCUGAAAAGCAGUUCUGACUUGCACUUGCGAGGCAGUUAUACAGCAUCCCCCCUUUCGCACUCUGUCGUGUGCCCUCGGCAAUUCCGAGUUGGCCUUCUGUCAGUGUUGCAUCCCUUUUCCAAGUGGUAUUUGUAUUCUCAUCUGAAAACCGACUGUAAUGACAAAUGGCAUAUCCUAGUUUACGCGUCUGACUACAUUUGUACAUGCAAAUGUGCCCCUAAAGGGGGCCACACUGGACAUACGCUGCACUAACAGGGGAACCAGAUUGGGGCACGCGUUAGCCGGACUGCGUAGUCCUCGCCUCCCAUGACAAAUGCUACGUAUUGGCGUGUGGUGGCACACCAAGACUCACACCGAGCCAGCCACUGUCGCCUACUCCCCGCACCACAUUGCUCGGACAGCGGACUGGUGUAUGGGAGAGGCAAGGGAGGAUGUGGUCGGCGACUCUGAAAACUCUAUUCUCCACGGCACUCCAGUGCAUUUCUCACUAUAAAAAGUGUGAUACGCCUCGAUACUAUCCCCACGCGCCAAAAUUCAUGGCUUUAAAGACUGCAUACUGACGAGAUAACACGGCCCUCCUCACAAAACGAAGAGUCAGGCUACAAUGGCUCCUUCUUAAUUGCGGUCCCCUGUCACACUCCCCCUGAUAUCCGUUCCAAUGAAAACCUGCCCAUUCGCGCGCGAACCGGGUCCUAUGCGGCAUGUGUAGACGGGCUGUUUUACAUUGUCAGUUACUGCGUCCGAGCCCGCCUUCAGUCGUCUUGACCCAGUCAUGCAGCCUGAUCCAGGUGGGUGAGGUAGGAAAGAUUGCGGUAGAUGCUUCGCAGGCCUGCUCUCACAAUAAAUUAAUUCACGCACAAGUCUCCGUCCUGCGCCCACCGCGCUGUGGGGCACACGGUGGCCGUCAUUGCCUGCGACGGCCAAAACGACGAUAUGCUCUGCACCGAUUCAUGCACAAGCUCACGUUGUCUUUCCUGUCAGGUCGCAAGUAUGUCCACCCGUCGUCUCGGUGUCGGUGUGGCGGUUAUCAAUGGGCAGCUCUUCGCAGUGGGCGGUUCUGAUGGCCAACACCCGCUCUCCUCCGUUGAGCACUACGAUCCGCGCGUGGGCACUUGGCAUCGCGUCGCCUCCAUGACGGCGAGACGAAAGCACCUCGGCGUGGCAGCCUUUGGUGGUUACAUCUAUGCCGUUGGCGGUCGCGAUGAUUCUACUGAACUUUCCUCUGCAGAAUGCUACGACCCCCGAGCCAAUGCCUGGUGUCCCGUCGUGGCCAUGACCUCCCGACGCAGUGGGGUAUGUUACGCAGCAAUUCCGUUUUCCCAGCCCAUUUAUCAUCCUUUGGUCUCUUUCUUUUCGCCUGCUUAUUUUAUUCCCCACCUGUAAGGUUCAUUCCCUUUUGGUAACUUUUCUCAUUGCUCUUUUCUGUCCACAGUUCCCUUCCACCCCGUGCAUUUUACGCACACUUUUGUCGAUUUUUUAAUCUCUUUUUCAGUAGAUUAAAGCAAUGUUUUUCCGGAAUAAAUAUGAAUGAGGCAAAGGCGACAAAGCAUGCAGAAUUUAUUGACGUCAUAAAUUUCGAGACCUCUCAUUCAGCUGCACACGGUCAUUCCAUAAUUUUAUGACGAGGCAAACUGUUCAAUCAGCGAUCGACCUAGAGAGAUGAAACGUCAUCGGUAACAUAAAGCAUGGAUCUCGAAAUUUAUGACGUCAGCAAAUUCUGCAUGCUUUGUCGCCUUUGCCUUAUUCAAAUCCCUUUUUUCUCAUCUGCUAGCUUUUGUUCGUCCUUUUUAUCCUUUUACCACCACCACCACCACCACCACCACCACCACCACCACCACCACCACCACCACCACCCACCAAGUUCUUUAUUUAGUUCUCCAGCUACAUUUUCCGCUCCCAUCUCCCUUGUUAGUUCGUCCACUUCCCCUUCUCCAAUCUCUGCCAUAAACAUACUUUGUCCUUUUCAGCUCUUCUUGGUCAUUUUACGCCCUCUAUUUCCUUUUUUCUUAACCUCCAUCGGCAUCGUCAUUCCACCCUUUUUGUUCUCAGUGUCUUUUCCAUCCGCACCCGUUUGUGCAUUUUUCAGUAUUAGCCUCUUUACCUGAAACUAUUCUACGUCCUGCUUCCCAACAUCCUCGCGCCUGUCUUACGUCUACGGCAUUUUGGCUUAUCCUCCCGUCGAUCUCUGUCACCUACUUUCUGCUGUCAGUCGUACGCACCUUCCUUUCCCAUUUUUAUUCCCUUGAUAUAUAUUUUGCGCCAAAUGCCACCCCUUUUUGCCUCUCUGCCAUAGGUGGGACUGACGGUUGUGGGCAAUCAACUAAUAGCCAUUGGCGGCUUCGACGGUGCCAGCUACCUCAAGUCAGUUGAGGUUUACGACCCCGAGGCUGUAUGUUGGCGUGUUCAGGGAAAUAUGAAUUCUCGUCGCCUUGGCGGCGGUGUUGGAGUUGUCCGUAUGGCCAGCUUCAGUCUUCCCGGGGACAAUUUGUACGACGUUGACAACUUCGAGCGCAUUUCUAAUGCCCUUUCUCUUUCAACCACCGCCUCAUCUCCAGCCGCCGUCGCCACUUCUGCUCGUCCUGGUCUCUCUAUGAGCGGAGGUCUUGGAGAAUGCUCGUCCUCAGUCUCGGGCAUCCCCGACAUAAAUCGUUCUCUCCGUUGA